CUCUUAUAUUGAAAACUCGAGCCGGUGGCUGGGAGAAUUUGUAUUUUAUCCUGAAUUUGAACAGUAGCCGCUGUAACCAUCCAUCCACCUCUUGCACCUGGCAAUACACCUGCCGUUACCGACAACACUUGCACGAGACCUCCGGGCUUCACUAACGCUGUAAAGAUGAAGAUUGAGAACAGCCUGCCCCGCCCCCAGCUCCCCGAGAACCCUCCCCAGACGGGCCUCCAGUUCACCGUGGCGACAGAGGAGGACUUUGAAGAGAUCAUGGCGAUGAGCCAGGACAUCUAUGGAGGGCUGGACUACCUGCCGACCCGCUACACCGCCUGGCUGUCCGAGUCCAACCGCACCGUCAUACUGGCCCGCAAGCAGGGCAAAGUGAUUGCCCUGGAGUCAGUGUGUGUGAUAGAUGACGGUGACACCAUGCUGGUGGAGGGGUUACGUGUGGCCCCCCAGGAGAGGGGGAAGGGCGUGGCAGGGGUGCUUCUGCGGUUCUGCUCUCAGCUGGUCAAGUCCAAGUGGCCUGAGGUGAAGGUGACCAGGCUGACCCGCGACGACCAGCUGGGGCCCAAGGAUUUUCAGAAGUACCGCCUCAUCACCAAACAGGGCAUCCUGCUAGUUCGCUUCAAUGCCGAAGACCUCAAGCUCCGGCUCUCCGAACUGGGGCUGCAUGUGACCCUCCCUCCCUCCUCUGAGGGUACCCCCCAGGGUUCUGACACCCCCCUGGUUCCCCCGGUCCUUCUGGACCUCAACGAGGCCCACCAGAUGUUCCUCAACUCUGGCCUGAUGUCCGACGUACUCCCUAACGCUACCAUCGUCCAGGACUGGCAGCCGUUCAAGCCCCUACCCAGCAACAUGGCCAUUCUUCUGAAGAAGGACAUCGACUGGAUGGUGGACGACCGUGACGUCCCCGCCGUGGCCAGCCUCUGCACCCACCCCUUCCGGGUGCCUGGAGGUCCUUACCGAGUUGGUGACGACACGUACUACCUCAACAUCGACGUGUUCGGUAAGGACAUAGGCCUGGUGCUCCAGCAGUUCCUGAGUCACCUCCGGCGCCACACAGCCACCCUGAAGGGGUACGUCAUGUGUCAGAUGUUUCUGGAUCCUCCCAUGUGGAAACCCAUGGUCGAAUUCUGUCGCCAGACACUGAAGGUGGAGCUGGUUAAGGAAUAUACAGAGCAGUGCGUGGUCGAGUCGGAUGUCAUGUAGCUGGCAGAAGAGGAAGGAGGAAGAGGAAGAGGAGAAACAAUAUGAAGGAAAAAACAGGAAAAGUUGACAAAUUCAGAAAAUGUUUCAGAGACCCAACGAAUGAACAAACCACAUUCUCUUUAGAAAAUGAAAUGGAAAAGUUCCCUAAGAAACUUCGGAACGAUUAGCAACAAACUCCCUAAGCAAGUCUAUAGUGAAACAACUUAGAAGCAGCAUUAGAUUUGCAAUAUGUUUGAUAUUAAUACUACCGCUAACAAAAAAUAUUUUAGGAAAAAAGGCAGUUAUUCGAAAUACCUUUGACAAAUUAGUUUCAAUUAAUUUCUCCGUCUUUUACCAUUCAGUCAUCGCAGAAAUCGAACUCUUAACAACAGGAGUAACUUUAUGCUAACGUUACUCCUUUAAAAAAAAUAGAAAAUGCAAGCUAGUUUAGGGUAUGUCAUACCGUUUAAUCCUUUUUUUUUUGUAAAUAUAAAGUAUAAAUAUGUACACAUUCUGAAUUGCAAAUAAGUCUGCACAACUCUUGAGGCACUUUAUUAAAUCAUAUGAGCUGUUGUGCUAACGUGCAAGUGAUGAAGUGAGGAAUAGAGGAGUUGGUUUACUUUUAGAGAUAACUGAUUUUAACUGAUUCAGAACGCAUCACUCCCAUCCAUAGUAAUGGUAGAAAUCCUUUUUGGACUUAUUCUAUCUAACACCAAACCAAUGCCCAAAUACUGUCGAACAAACAAUAGCCCUUCAGUGAAUCUUACCUAGCAUUUGCACGCUUAUAAUUCACACUAAAUGGCUGAAACGCAACAACUAGAAACACACUUAGCUCAUAACACUAAAACCUGGCCAGUUAACUUUUAAAACUAUUUAGUUGUCUUCGUUGUUUUUUUUAACAGUCACUCAGUUGUUUUGUUUGUAAGCACUUGACCAUAUUGCUAAUUUAUUGCUACUUUUCCACAUGUACUUGAAUGCAUCAGUAGUAUGUAAAGAGGUAAUAUAUUAACAAGCAGAAGCUUUCUGGAGGCUUUCCUAUAACAAUGUGCAAUCUAAGCUCACUCUAUAGUAGAUUGCUAACAGUGUGAAGAAGGUAGAUGUUCUACACAGUAUUCCGCAAAGACUCAAACAAUUGAACUAAUAUAGUUGAGAUUGACUUAACAUUAACAACAUUGUUCAGUAGCUAGAGAAAUAUUUCAACGGUAAACGUCGCCAUCACAAAUAUUAUCUGACAACCUUUGUAAAGGUUGAAUUCUAGUCCCUCAUGGUGGUUGAAAACAUCAACAUAGAUACUACAGUCACUCUAAGACACUUCAUAUCCACUCUACGAAGCUCCAUAGCCACCCUAAGAAGCUUCAUAAGCUUUGGCACGUGGUAAGAGCUCAGCAAAUCUCAAAGGCCUCAUAACCACUCUACAAAGCUUCAUAGCCACUCUACUAAGCUUUAUAAGCUUUUGGCUCUUUGCUCUUGGACGUUCCCUUUAAGAAGUGAUGCUUUUGACAUGACGUAGCACUGAACGAGCCUACAUUGCAACCCCCAAAUUGAGACUGAAGCCAUCUAAAACCACUACAGAAGAGAUACUGGCCAUUCUAUGGACUCUCCAACCUGCCCUCGUUGUAAAAGGGACCUUGUUGUAAGGGAUGAAUUGGACGGCGGAAGAGAAUAUCUUUUUUUUAUUUUUUUGGUACACUGACCCUUGUCUGGACACCCCAUCUGUCAUCCUCCUGUCUUUCCGAGACGAAAGGUCACACAUGCACUCACACAUGAUGAAUGAAGGAUUGGACUGGAUUGAUAUCGGACGAUAGAUGGACAAGAUACCUGGAGAAAGUGGAAUGAAGAAUGAAGCAAAUGUCAUACCGGAGUCCAUAUUCGUCAAAGCAAAACAGAAACAACAAAACAAUACUUUGUAAAGGCUGAUGAUGAUUUUCUCAGUUCUUUGAGAAGCACUUCCUAUUUUUUUCACCUAUUGAAGAAGCAAAGCUGGACUGACCCCCCUUUUUUGCUGCAGCUAGUCGUGAGGAAGAGGAAGAUAAAGAUUUUAGCAACAUGAAUCCAGUGGUGAAGAGAAGAAGAGAAGUAGUACACAAGCAAUCCUACAUAGAUGUAUUUUUAACAAGAUUGUCAUUCACAUUCUAACCCAUUUACAUCUACCAAUUCAUACACUCCACUCCCACCCGGCUCUAAAGUCUUACCCCUACCCCACAUACGAAACCCCACAUGAAACCCCCCAGACAAAUCAUUUCUGAGAAAUUCUCCAUGAUAUGGGAAGGUAGAGCUUUUCCUCACAAUCAAGAACAACCCCUCUCGCAUUCUCUCGUUCCUCAUGAAUAGAUUCAAGACCAAUUAAAAGCCACUGAGUUUAAAACAUCAUUAUGUAGAUUAUCGUCAACUCUUGGCUGGUCAAAGGUAAGGGGCCCUGGUUGUACUGUCAUAUCCAUGCUGGCCAUCUGGUGUAUGUAAAUGGUCUUGGAGAGCCUGCUUUCCUGCUGCUAGUGUGUGAACAGAGGACCAGAUGACGAGGGUUUUACUAUUCAUGAAACUUAAGUAAAACGUUAUUAACCUAAUAUGAACAUUACUUGGCUUCUCGUUCAUGAAACCUAUUCAGAAAAUUGCCUAGUUAAUUGUGGCAUCGUAGGCUACACAAGUGAGUAAUACUUUUUCGUUGGUGUUGGACAUUCAUGAAUAGAGAUCCGUGUAUUUACAGGAAAGUCAGUGAGAUGGGAGCAGAGGAGCUAAUUUGUCUCUCUGAUAAGACAGAAUAGUAUAUCCCUGUUUGACAUUUUGAAAAUGAUCCUCUUUUCUCUCCAGUCCAGUCCACACCCCAUAUCUGAGUUUGUCUGUCUGUCAGUCUGUCUGCACAACUGGCAAAUGGAAAGCAGUUCUACUGUUCCUUCCUGGUCUCCGUAAGAACGGAGCUCUCAGUUCUUAAAAGCAUCCGAGUGUCAGUGAGCAGUGUGAUAUAGCUAUCUUAUAAUAACACAGUGUCAUGGUGGUUUGACGGUGGUGGACGUUGCAUGGUCUCAGAUAGACAGUGUUGUAUUGUGUACCCAAUAUACCCUGCAAAGUCCACAGACCCACUGAUCCAAUGGCUUUCCAAGACCAUAUGGCUAAAUUGGAUACCACAGCACGGCCCAAGGAUACGACAGGGAGGAUGUAUUUGGUUGGAGGGUGAACACGCUAGGUAAACUUACCAUAUCUGAUAUGAUACACAUGCACACACACACGCACGCACACACACACACAUACACGCAUCAAGUCCACACAAAAGGACAUUUCACCUUCCCAAAAACUACCCCUCAGCCCCAUCACACCCAUGCAAUCUAUUGCCCAAAUGCCCACUUACCCCCACAACAACAUGUCCUAAUCUAUGUUGUAUCUACUACCACAGGGACAAGGUUGUUGUCAUACGAACUGCCUCAGUGCCCAACAUACCCACCCAGGAAAGACUGUCUAUACCCAUGUUCUCCAUCUUCACUUAGACUAUACAAACGGUUGUCUGGUGAAUUGGAGGUUUGUCUGUGUUGUCUAGUAUAUUUAUAUAUAUUUGACCUACAGAUAUGUGCACAGUAUUUCAGAGGGAUGUGGGAUUCAGUAGGUAUAUUCUGUCUUGGUACUUAUUUGAUUAUUUGUAAAGGUAUGUUGGGUUGUGUGUUUGAGGGAAAGCUCGAAGGGCAACGUUUGGUAGAGAUCCAAAGAGAUUGGAUUGGUUCUAGACUGCUUCAAAAUGAAUUUGUCUACCAUCAGAUAAUUCCGAUUGAUCAAAAGACUCUAUAGCAGAUAGUCCAAACACUCCGAUUUAUCCUUGCACUCAGAGAUGUUCUCUAGAGAAGUACAAGUCAUCCACUGUUCUGAAACAUUCUAAACAAACUCUCUGCCCUCCCUUGUCCCCAAGAGCACACAAACACAGCAAAGAGAAUGAAUGGUUUUUAACCAACAGCUUUGGAAAUAGAUAUGGUCUAUCUUUUAGGGUUUCCUAAAGCACUGUGUAUGUGACAGACAUGCACUUUACAUGUGAAAGCUACUGUAUGGAUAUGUACUAAACCAAGAGGAGGGUACUUCAUACUCUAACCAUCCCUGAUAGCGCUGGUUUUAUUUUUUUAUUUUUUAUACAAUGAGGUUACUGUUACUGUGCUACCACUGAGUCGGAUCUCGGGCUAAUGAUGGUAAAGUAAGCAUUUUGUUCAGCCGAUUCAUUCGCCCUCUGCCGCAGUGAUUCUGUUGGGGAGGGCAGCAGGGCAGCGAAUGAAACGGGGGUCUGUUCAAAAUGAUUGAUGGAGUGUUGGGAAUGGAAUGGAAAGAUGAACGGAACACUCGAUAGUGUUCUAAUGUGUUCUGUCUCGCUGCCAUCGUCGUCAACGGCGAUGUUAAUCAGCCAUGGUUACAAUCGCCACGGUUACGCGACUCAGAGCAAAGAUAAGAUCUCCGUUGUGAAUUAAUUCUUUCUCGUUAUGAAUCUGAUUGGAUGCUUAAUUGGUUGAUUAAACAUAAUAAUCAUA